UUAAUGAUCUUCCUUGAAUGUGUUUGAGACGUUUUCUAAAUUGUCGUUUGAAUUACGUAUUUUUGUUUGUUAACAACGGAGUGAGGUUAGUCCUCGGUAUACAGUUUCAAUUUAUUAUUUUAUGAAUUUAUCCGAACUGUUCAUCGAGAUUUAAGAAGCAAAGUGAAGUGAAGCUUUGCAUAUUAUAAGUGUUAAUUGAAAAAUCAUUUUUUCUCAUAAUGUUGUUUUACUCAUUCUUCAAGUCUUUAGUGGGGAAGGAUGUUGUUGUGGAGUUGAAAAAUGACCUCAGUAUAUGUGGCACUCUUCACUCAGUUGACCAAUACCUGAACAUCAAGCUGACAGAUAUCAGUGUCACUGACCCGGACAAAUAUCCUCACAUGCUGUCAGUGAAGAACUGUUUUAUCCGUGGGUCUGUGGUGCGCUAUGUCCAGCUGCCAGCAGACGAGGUGGACACUCAGCUGCUACAAGAUGCUGCCAGGAAAGAAGCUGCAGUCACCACUAGAUAGAUCUAAAUAUAACAUAAUUUAAGCUUUGUGAAUAUCUCUUCAUUUAUUAUAUAAUUUUGUUUUAUAUAAAAACUUACAACUUGGUACGA